AUGAACUCUGUAUUGCCAGAGCCGAUCUCCCUAGACGUGGCGUGGCACAUCUUCAAUCACAGCGAACCCCAUGUCCGGUCCAAAUUCACACGAUGCUCGCGCACUUGGCAUUCGUUCUUCAACCCCAAGCUUUACCGAGACGAUGUGAAAACGGGGCAGUACUCCGCCGUCUUCAACACCAUUGCCAACUGUACAGAUAUGCGGGUGGCCCUCGCCACGCUCAGGCAUACCUGCCGAGCCGGCGCUGACUACAAUAGACCGGCCACCAUGUAUAUGACCGAGACUCAUGGGCAAAGCCCUUUCCUCGUUACGGCCCUGUAUCUAGCCGCUUCGAAAGGCUAUCCUGACAUUGUAUCGUUUCUCCUUGACCACGGUGCCGAUAUCGACGGGGUCCCGGACUGCCGGCUACGCACUCCCGUCUUCCUGUCUCUGCUCAGCGGAGACGCUAAGACGUCCAUGCUUCUUCUUCGACGCGGCGCGCGGCUGGAGUCUCUCGAAUUCGGAAUCAAUGCCCUCCAUCAAGCCGCCGCCGCCGGACUUACCGAAGUGAUCACGUACCUUGUCAACGAGAAACGAAUGAAAGUCAACGAGGCCGACAACAACGGGGACACGCCACUGAUUCACUCCCUGUUGUCUCCGUCGCCAGAGACAGUCAUAGGUCACCUGGCACGGUUCGACGUGGAUGCGAACCAGCCCACGACGAUCGACACAUGGCGCAUGACGGCCCUCAGCAUGGCAUGCGAGGACGGCAUGUUCUCCGCCGCCCUGGCACUGCUGAAGGCCGGAGCGGACGCCACGGGCGAGCUGGACGGCUUGAUCGAGGGGGCCGACCCAGCGCUCCACAUCUUCGAGCAAAAGCCGCUCGAGCUGGCCCUCCUGGCCCGGGUCAAAGGAACGGAUGGGAGGACGGCAGCGGCGAAGCAACGCCUCAUCGACGUCCUCCUCAAGUCAGGCGCUGACGCAAACGAAUUGGUCUGCAUAUCGGCACGCUGCAACUGGACGGGACCUCUCUUGCUGAAACUGGCUCGAGCGAAGCGCCGCUGGGAGGCCGAGAUGCUGCUUUCUUCCGGUCUCGUAGAGAUUGACAUGCGCGACUCACAUGGUGCGACGAGUCUCGAUUGGACACUUUCUACAUGUCACGGGAACCCCGUGAUGGCAUCGAUCUUGCUGCGGCGUGGUGCCAGGAUGGACGAGGCAGUGUUGCGUGACAUCAUCGGCAAGCUGGCGCGGCUUGCGGACGCGCGAGAUCACUGGACUGUGAUCAGCCUCUUAACGCGAGAGCAUAAGCUGUUGAAGAUAUUUCACGUGCUGUAUUCGCACUGUUUCUGGGCGGCGUCCCAGGGUGGCGAGGCUGCCGCAUCACGGUUUUUGCAAGAGUCGCCGAGGGUGAUUGUGCGUCUCGUCACAGAGAUGCUGAAGCACGGGGUGAGUCUGACGAAGACGGGCGUCUUGAACAUGCUGCGAAAUGCGAAGGAGAGCCGGCCGGGGCCGCUGAUUGCAGGACUUUUCCAAUCGGAAAGGAAGAGCGCCGCGCGGAGAUGGUGCUAG